AUGCACCAGGUGAACGCUUGUGCUUGGCGGGAUCUCGCUGGCCUGGCCAGUGAGGAGGGGUCGCUGCUGGAGAUGUGUCGCAAGCGAAUCAGCGAAGCAGAUUUGAAGUCCAGCUCAGAGAACACAAGCCAGGCGAGCUUGACCAGAGCUGCCAAGCGGCGAAAGCUUUCGAGCGCGAAGCUGUCAUCUGGAGGGACGUCCACGUCUUUGGGUGGCAGUUCUGCAUCAGGGGCCCAAGCGGCGUCGGAACAGGCCCCUUCGGCCCCUUCGGCCCCUGCAGCUGAACAGGCUCAGGCACAGUGCGCGCCCGCUGAUGAUGAGGAUUGCGAUGGGCCGCCAGAGCCCGAAGAUCCGGAUGAAGCUCCUCAGGCUGUAGUGCCUGAAGAGAAGAAGAAAGAUGGCAAAAAGAAGGGGUUGACGAUCAAGGAGAAAUUGGACUUGCUGAAGAAGUUCGAGCAAAUUAAAGACAGCGGCGAGCACAAGUACCCCGAGAAGGAGAUGCUCCGUUUGCACAAGAAGGAUGGCUACUUUCAGGGAGCAGCCGCAGCGAGCAAGUGGCCAGCAGCCCGCGAGAAGUAUUCGUGGGAUAUGGUCGCCGAGCUUUGCCCCAAGAUUGCUGCCAAGUUCUCGGAGAUUCCCAAUUGGUUGAGGGAGCGCUUCGAUGUCGAUGGUCGGAAGGGCAAUGGCACCUACAAGGUUUCUGAUGACCUCUACGAAGUGGUGGACAAAAUCCUCGAGGAGGUGGUUGUGAGCGGCAUGGAGCUCAACACCACUGCCGUUGAGGAAGUGCUGAAGGAGGCUUUGGAAACCUACAAUGAGGCGGUCACUGCUUGGAGGGGCGAGAAAGAAAAGGCUGACUUGGAGAUGUUGCAGAAGUUGUCUGAGGCAGGCACAAGCGAGGCAGAGCUGAAGGCUGUGUCAGAUGAGCUUUCCAAGGCAAAGCAAUUCUGGCCUCAGACUUGCCUCCUUGCCCAGACCCCUCGUGCCUUGAAUCAGCAGGCCCUCAAGUUCUCCCAGAAGUAUGGCUACUCGCGCUUGAGUCAAGACAAACCACAGAAGCAUCUUCCUCGCAACCACCCAUCUGUCCAGCGUGUCACAGAGUUCAUCACUACUUGCAUGAAGGACGGGUCGGUGCAUCCCAAGUUGGUGGCAAAUUGGGACCAGGUAUGGACAUGUCUUUUCGAACCGAUGAAGAAGACGCUGUGGAAGACCGGCCAUGGCAAGAAGGAUCCCUUGUCUGCUUUUCCAGCAAGGCAGCUGGUGCGUCAGGCUGUUCAGGAGCGGUUCGGCCAAGAGCCACAGACCCCAAACUUUGUGGUCAAGCAGAAAUGGAAGGUCAAGCUUGCCGACGUGUGUGGCUACAGUUGCCAGAACGCUGUGUCGAAGUGGAGGACCGAGUUGGUACAUGAGGUUAGCUAG